AUGUCCACCCAGAGCCGGUGCUGUAUCGACGUACUCUCACAUGAUGGCCUACGGCGGUCGCGACGACGGUCUCUUCCGCGGCGCCAUCCUCCAAAGCGGCGGCGCGUUCCCCUCACCCUCCCCAACACCACCGCCUUCCAGGCUACCUUUGACAAGCUCUUUACAAAUUCGUCCUGCGAGCAUGCGGCGUCGUCGCCUGCCGAGGAAAAACUGGCGUGUCUUCGCCAACUACCCGUUGCAGAAUUCCGAGCUAAGGUCGGAUCGGUGACUGGUCAGUCAAUCGAUGGGGACUUCAGCCGAACCUCGAUCCAGUUUGCACUUGCAAAGGGCGAAUAUGUCAAAGUUCCCACGAUUGUCGGAACUAAUACCGACGAGGGCGUAACCUCGGCCCCUACGAGCGUGAACACAACAGAACAACUCGCAGGUUUCGUUGCCGAGGGCUUCUUCCGCCCUGCGCUCCUCCCCAACGAGACCGUUUCUUCCCUCAUCGGCAUCUACCCCGACAACCCUCGUCUCGGCUGUCCCUACAACACGGGAACACACAAGUUCACACCGGGUACGCUCGACAAGAAGGCUUGCUCCAUCUUUGGUGACAUUGUGCAAGUUGGCCCCGCCCGUAUGAUUGCCCGGUCCAUCGCCGCCGACGACGUGCCCGUCUACCGGUAUCGAUUCAACCAAGUAGUUUCGAAUGCCACGAUCCUCUCCGAUGGCAUUCGCACCGGCUUCGAGCAGCACUUUGUCUUCUCGAACCAGUUGCCCGAGUACCCGUGGGACGUGAACUUGGCCUACCAGAUGUCUGCGGCGUGGGCUAGUUUUGUGCAUGACUUGAACCCCAACCCCGAAGAAGAAAUUGCGCUGCCUCAAUGGCCCGAGUAUGGUUCAGAGGGAAACGGCAUUGUGCUUACCGGAUUCGGCUCCUGGACCGAGACGGAUACCUACCGGGAAGAGGGUAUCAAUUAUAUUAUUGAUAAUGUUCUCCCCGACAGCGCUUUGUAG